AUGGCUGCUUCAAUUGCUCCUGAGUGCAACGACAUCAAAGAGAAAUAUGACACUUGUUUCCUUAAAUGGUACAGUGAGAAAUAUCUUCGAGGCAACACUACAUCAAACGACUGCGAGGAGCUAUUUAAGAAAUACAAGGCUUGCUUGACUAAAUCCCUUAAGGACAAGGGUAUCGACACCAUGCUGGAUGAUGCUCGAAAGAGUAGCAGUGAAACUGACUCUGAGUUCCUCAAAAAGUCGUGA